UAACUCGCGGUAAAGUAAAAGUACUUUGUUGGCAGCUUAAAAUGCCUAACUAAUUUGUGAUUACCGAAUAAUUAAUUAAUUACUGCUGCUAGGAAAGGUAAAUACAAUCGCUGCUGGUCAAAGUGCGUUGUAGAGGCAGCGACGUCCCAACUGCAUAAAACUCUUACGUUUACGCCGUGAAGAGCUACCGCCAUCGGAUCCGCACUUCAAAUGUGACAACGCCCCGUUCGCUUUCUGCUCACUAAACUUCGUCUCCAUUGCUCUCGCGAAACCGGAUCCGAAUCUCUGAAACGUUAGAUCCAGAUCGAUUCGCGCUUGAUCUGAUCUCCGUGCUUCCUUGAUUGAUCGAGAUCGGUUAACGGAGGCACCGUCGUACGCGAAUCGGAGCUCGGAGCGAGGGAGAGGGAGACGGGAAUCGGGAAUCGGGAGCAUGAAUAUCCAUGGCGGCGGCGGCAGAGGAGGAGUGGUGGAAUGCAGUGUUUGUCACUCCAAGUUGGGGCUCUCGCCCCACUCCAGGGCGGUGUCCAAGGCCUACGAUCGCCACCGGACUGACGUCUCCUUGAAAACGCGCGCCUUUAACGUGUUUUUGGUCGUCGGUGACUGCAUCCUGGUUGGCUUGCAGCCUAUACUGGUGUAUAUGUCGAAAGUGGAUGGGAAUUUUAAGUUUAGUCCCAUUAGUGUCAAUUUUUUGACCGAGAUCGCGAAGGUUAUCUUUGCAUGCGUGAUGCUGUGCUUACAGAGUAGGAAUCAGAAAGCUGGAGAAAAGUCUCUUCUUUCUCUUUCUACAUUUGUCCAGGCAGCAAAGAACAAUUGUCUUCUGGCUGUUCCAGCCCUAUUUUAUGCUAUUAAUAACUACCUGAAGUUCAUCAUGCAGCUGUAUUUUAACCCAGCAACAGUUAAGAUGCUGAGUAACCUCAAGGUUUUGGUCAUAGCAAUUUUGUUAAAGAUAAUCAUGAGAAGACGAUUUUCCAUACUUCAGUGGGAAGCUCUUGCACUUCUGCUUAUAGGUAUUAGCGUGAAUCAGCUGCGGUCUCUACCCGAGGGCUCUACAGCUAUGGGGCUUCCUGUAGCAACAGCAGCAUAUCUAUACACACUGAUUUUUGUUACUGUUCCAUCCCUGGCUUCAGUUUAUAAUGAGUAUGCAUUGAAGAGCCAAUUUGACACAAGCAUUUAUCUUCAGAACUUAUUUUUAUACGGUUAUGGUGCAAUCUUCAAUUUUCUCGGAAUACUUAUAUCUGCCCUUUUCAAAGGACCUGAUAGCUUGGAUAUUUUACGAGGACACUCAAAGGCAACUAUGUUUUUGAUAUGCAACAAUGCUGCGCAAGGCAUCUUGUCCUCAUUUUUCUUCAAAUAUGCAGAUACAAUCCUGAAGAAGUAUUCAUCAACUGUCGCCACCAUUUUUACUGGAAUAGCAUCUGCUGUUCUGUUUGGUCAUACCUUGACUAUGAAUUUCAUUUUAGGGAUCUCCAUUGUGUUCAUCUCAAUGCAUCAGUUCUUUUCAAACGCAUCAAAAGUCAAGGAUGAGACACAGAAUGGUAGUCUGGAAAUAAUAGAAACUGAGAAUAACUUCAGGUCGAAGGACACAUCAUUUUUAGAUAUGGCAGCUGGAGCCCAUGAGGAUGCAACUCACCGUGUUAAACAUGAUGAAAGAGAACCACUUCUCCCUAGAUGAAAUUAUCAUAGGGAAAUUAUUUCAGGUAUAUGAUUGGAGCAGCAUUCUUUGGCUGAUCAAUACAGACAGUACAGAUGUUGGAUGUUGGACCAUUUUAAUGAUAAUUUCAUCAACAAUAUGUUACAACGAUUCUUUUUCCUAUUCCCAUUCAGAGAGGUUGACAAAUCUCCCAUGAGAGAGCACACCUUGUGACGAUUUUGAAGCCUGUUUUAGGGGAUCCUGGUAUAGAAGGAAUAUUGUAUUUAUUGCAUUUACUACAUAGUAAAGUAGUUGCAACACCUACCAUACUUUUCCAUUUAAUACUGCAUACACAUAUAUCUUUUACUCAGGCCAGUGCAUUUUGUGGCCGCAAGCAGACAGAUUUAGACUAUAAAAGUACUAUGUUCUAUCUU